AGUGUUCGUGCAAAAUAUUAUCAACCGGAUGUUUAUCAAUCGCUCAAUGAUCAAUCGAAACUCUCAUUAAACAAUUCAAAUCAACACAUUUCACCUUUACACAAUACAACGACAACUAAUCCUUUAGUUUCAAACAAAAUAUUAUCACAAUCAGACAUGAAUCAAAUUGAUGACUAUGCAACUGUACGUUAUUCUCAUUCCAACAAUCAUGACAGAAAUCUAAUGAAAGAUUUAAAUCGUAAUCAUUACUCAGAUCAACAAACCAGCUCAUCACAUUAUUCAUCUCGUCGUAAACAUUGUCGUAUGAGAAAACAUCAUAAAACAUUAGAGAAUAAUAAUGAGAGACGAAGUCCCGGCGAAAAAUUCACACCAAAUUCCAUAUCAGAUAAAAUCCAAAAGAACAAAUUACGCAAUGAUACCAUUUCGAAUACAUCAUCCGGUUUUAGCAGUUAUAAUCAUAAUUCUGUGAUGGAAUUCAAUUCCACUGGUAAUUUAAAUUCCAUUCAUGAUAUUUCUUCUGUACAGCAAAAAUUAAAUUCAAUUGAAAAUAUGAAUUCAGAGAAUAAACAACAUUCGGUCUAUUAUACUCCUUCUUUAUUUAGAAAUGGAAAUGAGAAGAAAAAGUUAAAAAUAAACAAUCAAACAUUUUCAACUUUGUCAAAUCAAUUAAAUCAUAUACCAUAUGAUACUCGUCCGUCAACUGGAUCACCACACUCUAAACAAUCAUUCAUAAAUGUACCAAACACAAUGAAAAAAUCUUCAACAGAUUUUCAACUAUCUAAUUCACAAAACAAUUCAAAAAUAAUAAAUGAACAACAUUGGUCAAAAUCCCAAUAUCCUAUUCAAAUGUAUUACGCUACAAGCAAUAAUAUUCAUAAUAAUAACAGUAAUAAUGAUCCUUUGAAAUACGCGCACAAUGAGAAUGUCAUACAUUCAAUGUCCAAUAACAAUAGUGCUUAUGGCAAUCCAUUGUCCACUAUACGCAAAAAAUCUUUACACCGAUCAAAUAGUUCUGGUAGUGCAUUGACAUCAUUACAUCCGAAACAAUAUACUGUCAAACGAACUAACGAUGCCUUCUUCUAUCAAACAUGUAAUAGUACACUGCGUACAAAACAUUCACAAAUGCCGCCAUUUGCAUUGAAAUAUGACAUCAAUAAUACUAGUAAUAAUAAUAAUGAGAAUAUUAAUUAUACAAACUAUAAUAAGAAUACUGUCAGCAUAAGUAAUGAUCGUAAUCAUCAUAGUCAUGAUAAGUUAGUUGAUCAAAAAUCAUUUUACACAAGAUUAGAUAUACCUCGAUUAGGAAAUCAUAAUCAUAAUCAUAAUGCUCCAUCACCAAUUAAACAAUAUCAGAGUGUAAAACAGUCAAAAUUUCAAAUUCAUCCACCGAAUAAUCAUCAACAAUUUAUUGAUCCAGUUCAAUUGAAUGGCAAAAUGACUAAUGUUAUCAUUGAUGAAAAUACAUUUUGUUUAUUGAAUGCUGAAGAG